ACAGCAGAAUUCAGAAUUCCGGAUUCCAAUUCUCCAUUUCAGUCUUAAAUAUCUACAUCAAAACAGGAUAUAAGGGUUUCUAUUUUUCUAAGAAGAAAUAAACUAAUUUUCUUAAAAAAAUGAAAAUUAGGGUUGCCAUAAAUAAUCUAAAACAUAAUAAAACCAACCGUCAAAUCUCCCCAAAACCCAACACAAGCAAAAACUACACGUCUUGUCCAAAACCCAAAGAACAAAGCCCCUUUCCCCUCCCCGGAUUGCCCUCUUCUGCCAUUUUGUCGAACACCUCCCCCGAUCGCGCGACUCCGGCCAUGGCGGAACACUCCGACGCGGCUGCGGCCGUAACUGCGCGGCUACUGGAGCUCGCGGCCGACAACGACUCCACGGCGCUCGGGGACCUCCUCGCGGUACACCCGUCGCUUGCCGACGAGCCCGCGCCGUGGUACUCCCCGGCGCGCGGCGCGGAGCCUAUGACCCCGCUCAUGGUCGCGGCGGCGUACGGGUCCGUGGCCUGCAUCGAUGUCCUACUGUCGCCGCUCCACCUGGCCGAUCCCAACCGCGCCUCACCGUCGUCCCUCUCCACCGCGCUCCACCUCGCAGCCGCCGGCGGCGCCUCCGCUGCGCCGGCUGCGGUAUCCCGUCUCCUAGCUGCUGGCGCCGACCCCACGCUGCUCGACCAUCUCCAUCGCCGGCCGUCCGACCUCGUCGCCCUCCCACCCAACUCGCUCCCGCUCAAGAACCACCUCCUCUCCCUCCUCGGAGGGCGCAAGGAGUGGCCGCCGGAUCCCUCCCUCCCCGACAUCAAGAACGGUGCCUACGCCUCCGACGACUUCCGUAUGUACUCCUUCAAGGUGCGCGCGUGCUCGCGCGCCUACUCCCACGACUGGACGGAGUGCCCCUUCGUCCACCCCGGCGAGAACGCGCGGCGGCGGGACCCGCGCAAGUACCACUACAGCUGCGUGCCCUGCCCGGAGUUCAAGAAGGGGGCUGGAUGCCGGAGGGGUGACAUGUGCGAGUACGCGCACGGCGUGUUCGAGAGCUGGCUCCACCCGGCGCAGUACAGGACGCGGCUGUGCAAGGACGGCCUCGCCUGCGCGCGGCGCGUCUGCUUCUUCGCGCACACGCCUGAGGAGCUCCGUCCACUGUACGUGUCGUCUGCGGGGUCGCGCAGCGCGAUGGGAAUGGGGCUGCCGUCGCCGGGUGCGUCGUUCACGCCGCCGCUCUCGCCUUCUGGCGGGGGAAGCGGUGUGGCCGGCGCGUGGCCGCAGCCCAACGUGCCCGCGCUGUGCCUCCCCGGGAGCGCGGGGAACCUUCAGCUGAGCCGGCUGCGCACUUUGAUGAGCGCGCGCAGCAUGGCAGUGGACGAGCUGCUCGCCUCGGCGGAUUACGACGGGCUCGUCGGGUCGCCAGCCUCUCUGCGGUCGGCGAGGGGAAAGACGCUCGUGCCGUCCAAUCUUGACGAUCUGUUCUCGGCGGAGAUGGCGGGCGCCGCGGCAUCUCACUCGCCUCGGUACGCAGACCAGGGCGGCUCUGCUUUCUCGCCGACGCGUAAGGCCGCCAUGCUGAACCAGUUCCAGCAGCAGCAGAGCUUGCUGUCUCCUCGGGCCACGGUUGUCCCUGAGCCGGUGUCUCCGAUGAGCUCCAGGUUGCUCUCGGCCCUUGCGCAACGGGAGAAGAUGCAGCAGCAAACGCUGAGAAGUAUGAGCUCUCGUGACCUGGGCUCCGGCGCCUCCGUCCUGGUUGGCUCACCGGUUACCUCUAGCUGGUCCAAAUGGGGAAUCCCCCCGAGCACACCAGAUUGGGGUGCUGACGCCGAGGAGCUUGGCCGCCUCAAGCGAUCCUCGUCCUUUGAGCUCCGGAGUGGUGCCAACGGUGAUGAGCCGGACCUCUCAUGGGUCAAUACCCUUGUGAAGGAGCCAACGCCGGAGAAGCCAUCCAUCAACGGGACAGCCGCAAAGGAGUCUAUUGCUUCUUUGAGCCAGGCUGUAAGUCAUGAGGAUAUCGGCGGUGAGGACGACACUGCCGGGGUCAUCGGUGGCUGGCUUGAACAGCUCCAGCUCGAUGAGAUGGUAGUCUAGAACAAACACAAACAUAAAUCAAACAAGAAAGGUGCCAUUUUUUCCCCUGUGAUCCACCAUUUGCUUCAACAACUUGCUACAUCUACCAACCUUCAUACCUUGCUGGUAAUUACUGGUGGAUACAUUCUUUUGGAGUUGGUUAGUGUAGGUGUUGAGAUUUCUAUCACCAUUUAGGGUCCACCACAAGUGAGAAAUUAAGGAAUGGAAACCUAGCCAAUUUUAUGGAAUUUCCACAUCCCAUGCUUCAUGUAAAGGAGUAGUAGGGUGACUUGUCGUUGCUUCAAACGCUUCUAAGGCCUGCAAUGGUAUUGUACUACGCAGGAUUGUGUCAGAUGACUUCAUUUCACUGCAUAACUCAAGGGGUGUUUGGUUUCUAGGGACUAAUGUUUAGUCCCUAGAUUUUA